AUGGAGCGUGUCCUUGUCGGAGGGGCUGCCCUCGUCUCUGUCAUCUCUCUUCUCACCGCUGGCAUCGCCUUCCCUCGGCUCAUCGCCGAUUUGACUGAGGUGCAAGAGCGUGUCACGGAUACCGUGAACGUGUUCCGCGUCGCCUCCGACUCCUCGUGGGAGCACAUCAUCGACCUCCAAGUCUCUGCCUCAGCCCCAUCAGUCCGCAAGAAUCCCUUCGACUCCAUCUUCCGUCAAAAGCGUCAGGCCAACGGUCUCCCCGCUUGGGAGGACCCGGAGCCCCUGGACAGCCAGGAAAGCAAGGAGCACCUGGACAGCCCGGAAGAGAUGCCACCAUCAGCUCCGGACAGGCUGGAGCCCCCCGGACAGCCUGGACGCCCUGGAGCCCCUGGACAGCGUGGACAGGAUGGACAGCCUGGAGCACAGGGACAGCCCGGAGACCAGGGACCCUCGGGAGCACCUGGACAGCCUGGACGCGACGGACAGCCUGGAGCCCCCGGUGGCCCCGGAAUGGACGGACAGCCCGGAAAGGACGCCGCCUACUGCCCGUGCCCCCCACGCAACGGACAAUACGUCGCCCAGCAGCGUCGUCAGGUUCAGCGCCGUUUCCGUCAACGCAGC